GGGGCGGAGCGGGGCGGGGCCGGCCCGGCGCUAAGAUGGCGGUGAAGGGCUCACACUCACAUGUGAAGCUGGAGGGGGAGAUUGAGCGGUGCCGGGCGGAGGGACACUGGGGGCAGCUCCGGCACCUGGCGCAGCAGCUGCUGCCGCUGGCACGGCCCCCGCGCAAAGCGGCGGCGGGGGGCGCGCAGGACGCGGAUGACUACAGGAAUAUGCUGCUUGCAGAGGCUCUGCUGGAAGAAUGUUUGAAGGAAAACUUUGCCAAACUGAAGGACUCCAUUCCACUGACAGAGAAGAAUGAGCCCAAACUGAGUGAAGCUAAACAACGUCUGACCACUAUCUUAAGCAGAGGAAAACUACGACCUAAGUAUAUGACAGAAGCUAUGCUGAUUCUAGGAAAGCUUCAUUAUGUGGAGGGAUCCUACAGAGAUGCCAUCAGCAUGUAUGCAAGAGCAGGAAUUGAUGACCUAUCAACAAAAGAUGAACCUCUGUACAUGCUGCGUUUGGUAACUGAAGCCUUCGUGAUUAAAGGUCUGUCACUGGAGCGCUCAACCAACUCAAUUGCCUCACGUGCUCGACUGUGCGAAAGGGAGGAGGAAGUCAUGGCUUGUUUUGAGACAGCGUGUGUCAUUGCCCAGGUGUACUUGCAGGAGCUUGAAAAGACCUUAAACAACACACAUUCAAGAAGUAUCAAGGGCAGCAACAUGACUUACUCUGAGUUUGAACUUUCCUACUUCCUGGAAGCAGCUCUACAGAGUGCCUAUGUGACUCAUUUAAAGAAGGGAAAUAUUGUGAAAGGAAUGAGGAGUCUGCGAGAAAUACUACGGACUGUGGAAACAAAAGCUACUCAGACCUUCAAAAUGACUGCCGCCAAACAGCUAGCCCAAGUACUUCUCCAUUCCCUCAGUGAAGACUGUUACUGGAGCCCUUUAUCUGAUCCGCUUCCUGAGUUCAUGAACAAGGAAGAUCAGUCUUACAUUAGCAAUCUUCUUUGUCGGAGGCCUGAGCUGUACACAGAAGAGAAUGCGUACUGCCCUCAAGACAACGUAGAAGAGGCUCUUCUUCUUCUCUUAAUCAGUGAAUCCAUGGCAAACCGGGACGCAGUGAUCAGCCGAGCCCCAGACCAGCAGGAUGACCGAGCUGUCAGCCUCCGGGAUGCGUCUGCAGUCUACGACCUUCUCAGUAUCACACUGGGCAGAAGAGGGCAGUAUGUCAUGCUUUCUGAGUGCUUGGAGAGAGCUAUGAAGUUUGCAUUUGAUGAAUUUCACCUCUGGUACCAGCUUGCCCUGUCCAUGGUGUCUUGUGGAAAGUCAGCAUAUGCGGUGUCAGUGCUCAAAGAGUGUGCUAAACUGCGACCUACAGAUCCCACCGUUCCUCUUCUGGCUGCCAAGGUCUGCAUUGGGUCGCUGCACUGGUUGGAAGAAGGAGAAAUCUUUGCUAAAAUGGUGAUAGACCUUGGCGAGGAUGCUGGAGAGUCCCUAGCAAAGGGUUACCUGGCACUGGGCCUGACAUAUAGUCUUCAAGCUACCGAUGCUACUCUGAAGGGCACUCAGGAUGAAUUAAACAAGAAAGCACUUCAGACUUUGGAGAGAGCACGUGACUUGGCCCCGGAAGAUCACCAAAUCAUUCUCUACCUAUCACUGCAGCUGGCUCUUGUCAGACAGAUUUCUGAUGCUAUAGAACAUCUUCAAGAAGCACUGCAACUGUGCAAAGAUGACAUGAAUUCACUUCAUCUACUGGCCCUCCUCUUUUCAGCUCAGAAGCACUAUCAGCAUGCACUGGAUGUUAUCAACAUGGCUGUUGUUGAAUACCCGGAAAGCUUUAGCUUACUCUUCACCAAAGUAAAACUGGAAUGGAUACAUAAAGGACCUGAAGAGGCUCUGGUGACGUGCAGACAUAUGUUGCAGAUGUGGCAGAUGGUAUAUAAUGUUUUACAGCACAGUGGCUCUGAGAAAGGAAGUAGUGUGACCGAAACACCAGUGAUUAAAAAGCAUAACGGGCUGCAUCUCACGCUACCGGAUGCUCAUGAUACUGAUUCUGGAUCACAGCGAGCCUCUUCCCUUGCUGCAUCAAGACUGGAGCAGGCCAUGUCUGAAAUAACUAUGCAGAGUAGCGCAAUGAAGCAAGGACCUAUGCAGCUGUGGACAGCUCUUGAACAAAUUUGGCUACAAGCCGCUGAACUCUUCAUGGAACAACAGCAUCUCAAAGAAGCAGGCUUUUGUAUCCAGGAGGCAGCUAGUCUUUUCCCCACAUCUCAUGCUGUACUGUACAUGCGUGGGAGGCUUGCAGAGAUGAAAGGCAAUUUGGAGGAGGCUAGGCAAUUGUAUGAUGAAGCGCUCACAGUGAAUCCAGCUGGAGUGGAAAUUAUGCACAGCCUGGGCCUGGUGCUGAGCAAACUUGGGCGGAGGGACCUGGCCCAGAAAGUCCUCAGAGAUGCCAUCCGGAUCCAGACCACCAGUCACAGGGCCUGGAAGAGCCUUGGAGAGGUCUUGCAAGCUCAGGGGAAAAACGAAGCAGCCAUCGAAUGCUUCCUCACCGCUCUGGACCUCGAAUCCAGCAGUCCUGUCAUCCCGUUCACUGUCAUACCAAGGGAGCUCUGAAGUUUUGCCCUGCAGCUAAGCACCUUCAUUCCAUGGACAGACACCAAAACCAAACAAAUAAACAAAGAAAAAGCCCAACAGAAAAGUGCCAUUGUACCUUGGAACUGGGCAAAAUAAUUCCAGGAUGGGGCUUGGGUCACACAGUUAGCUGAGACAAGGCUAACUGUAGAAGAUUUUGCAACAGGCAGAAAUAGAGAAUGCCUUUUUCUUCUCAUGUGCCUGGCUUCCCUCCUGUUCAAGGCUUAUUUCAAAGUGUUGGUUCAAGGUGACUGUCUGUAGAAUAGAUCAUGCUAGGGUAUGGCUGUUCUAAGCACUUGCAUCUUUCAGUUUUCAUUAAGGAUAAAAACCCCAAGCCUUGAAUUAAAGCCCGGGACUGCUCUAGGCAGGAGUAAAUGCACCAGCUAACUUGACCAAGUUCUGCUUAAGCAUGUGGCUGCCUCCACACAGAUCUGACGGGAUAGAAAUGACAAUUAAACCAUAUAGACAUGCAGUAUAUGCCAUUUACAAAACUAUUUCAGCUAUUUUCAUAAUCCUUUUUCCUGCCUUGCUCUUAUAUACUGCAUAUGCUCACUAUAUUUAGUGUGGCAUUGUUUGCUUAGACCAAUUUAAAUUAAAAAAACUUCUUUUUUAAAAGCUGCUAUUGCAGUAUGGGUCACAAAAGCAAAAAGACCAAAGACCAAACCAGUUCGCACGUGAACUAGUAUUAAAAACUUAUAUGUAUCUCCAAUUACAUAUUUAUUGAAAGGGCUUAUAUGGAGUAGUUAAUUAUAAACGCUGAGCUUCAUUCUUAUUAAUCACCUAUUGCAUCACUUUUAGUGAGGAAUAUCACGAUUACCAGUGUAUAGUGACUGAACUCUGUGCUUUACUGCAUUACCAUUCCUGACAGAAAACAUUUUCAGAUCUGUCUUUUCAUGAUAUAAAAGAUGGCAACAGUCUUUUAAGGGAAUGUAUGCUGAAGGCAGUAUGUGUAUAUAUUAAUUACUCCUUUCUUAAAACCAAAUCUUUGGAUUGUCUAUAGAAAUUUCAGAUUAGAGGUAAGGAGUCGAUCGUUCAGCGGAGCAGGAUCAUUUUGUGUAAUGUAUCAGAUGUAAGAGUGAUCUCUUCAGAGCCAUCUGAAGAGCUCCUAAUCCGCGCAUCGUCCCCACGCUGGCACGGCCGGGGCGGAGAGCGCAGCUGGCAUACCCCCUGCGAAGCCGCUCCUUAGCUGUGCUUGACCUCCCCAGGGCCUCGGCAGUGAGGUAGAGCUGUAUCGUGCUGUCACACGACGCGCAAGAGCCAGCCCCAUCCAGACCAGUCCCAAGACGAAGAUGCAGAAAUGAGCUGCAGGCACUUUUCUACACAAAAGGUUGGGGCUCUGUGCCCAUUUCUGUCCAAAGAAGAUUUGUGACUAUUUCAUAAGUAGGUUUGCACUAAAACAUGCUUUGUACUAUAAUUCUGCCCAGUAUUGUGAUCUGCAACUAGUUCAUUCCAGAAAUAAUAAUAUCCUCAGGCACUUAAUGGGUAGGGGUUAUUUCUUAAAGAGCCUGAGGCUCUGGCAGCAGACUUGAAGUCAGCAUCGUUUACAAUUAUUUGGAAAUCUGCAGGCUACUCGAGAGGUGGGCCCUUCGUGCUGCUCCCAGACCACACCAUCGUAGAGCUCCUGCCCCCAGGCAGCUUCAGCUCCUGACUCCCCUCAGGUUUCUCUCAGCAGCCUGUUGUACUCCCAGGCCAAUAUAUAUAUUUUUUUUCCUUUAAAUCUUGCUGGUGCCAUAGCCCAGCUUAUUCCUCUGUUCACCGAGGGAUCUGGAGUGAAAGCAGGCCAGCCUGAAAGGUGCUCAGCCCAUGAGGUCUCUGGCUUUCCAGUGCCACACAGGCACCAAACCCAGCUUUUUAGGCCAGAGGCAGGAUUCCAGGGAGACACUGUUACCCAGCCACAUUCCUCAUUUGCAAUAGCACCAGCAGCAGAGGAAGGAAUAGGUGUUAAAGUACCAGAAUUAAAUGAGUUUCAUGAAGACAGAAAGGCGUGGCAGAGACCCAUUUUGCUGUGAAGGAUGCUAUGAAUUUGGCUUGCUCUGCACUGCAGGUGGGAAAGGGGGGAAGGAAGAGGGAGAGAUGUUGUUGACGACAUAACAUGUAAAUUGUUACCCAGGUGUUUUGAACCCAGUUCCAGAGUCAGAUGCAAUCUGACAAUAGACUUAAGUCGAUACGUAUAGACAGAUAUUAGAUUCUGAUAUUUGUUCUGCUCAGCAGUUCCCAGGGUGGGAGCGAGCCUUCUGUGUAAGACGCAAAAAAAGAGUCAGUCUGGUCCGACAUCACCGCUUUCUUGUGCAAUGUAUAUCUGUAAAGCGCUGCCAUAGCAACCUCUGUGUACCAGACAGCUAUUUGAGUACAAGCUAUGCAUUCACCUCUGCAACCGACGUACCGCUUUAAGGGGUCUGUAAUGUAGCUGGUCUGUGACCUGGCAGGAGGGUGCCUGUUUCCCAGCAGCAGUUGAGAAGCAAACACUCACAGACGCAUUUACUUCUGCAUGCAUAGCUUGUAAACAGCCACCAGCACAUCACAUUUGUUACCAUCAGGCAAAUUUCAUCUCGGCAGUAAUCACUCUUGCCACAGCAGUCACCUUCCUAGGAGAGGUGCAAACGUGCACGAGUACUUUCAGUGCAUCAACCAGUCAGAUGUUGCCAGGGUGGUCCCGAAUUUGUCAUGUGCAUUAACGAGUGUUACUGGCAUUGGAAUUGCAGUCCUGAGAGCUUCUGCUCCAGGUGUGGCAAGGAAGAUGGACACAAGUAAGUGCCAUCGGUAUCAAUAGGAAUUCCACGGGUACGGUACCCUCUACCAGCACAGCACAUCACAGCCCCUACAUCAGUGGCAGACCAGGUACUUUGUAUGCAUACUGGACUCAAUCCCGAGAUUUGCUGCAUACUUCCCAGAGGGUACGAAGCACCUCUUGGCUGGAGGUGUGCUAUAUUGGUCUGAAAUGCUCUGCACAGUGCAGGAAAGAGGGCGGUUGUUGCAGACUUGCAAGUAUUUCGGGGGUAGAUCCUCUAGCUACAUUUGUUAUUAGUGCUCACCAAAACAGAAGCCUUCCCUGGCUUACAUGCAACCUCUGUUCUUCAGCAUGGAUUUUGUUCAUACUUCCAGGUACAGAAAAACAAAGACAACUGCUUCAGACAAGCCUGCGCCUUCUAGUAGUUAUUCAGAUUGCAACAUUGAGAAAUCUAAUAGACCUACUUCCCUGAGCUCAGUAAGUAAUAUUUCUUUGUAUAGCAGGGAGCACGGCAUGCUUAACGCUCAGGGUUUGAGUCUAAGAACAGAUUUACAUCCCGUCCGUCACAUGACUGUCACAGACUAUCAUAAGUAAUGGAAGUUUGGGGAACAGUAAGUGAAAUACCGGUUCUGUGAGUUUUAGCCCUGACUUGAGUCCAACAGAGUUUUCUCAUUGGUUUAGAAAUAGGAAGAUAAAAAAAGGUAUCGUUGCCUAAAGGAUCCAGGUAUACCCAGGUUCUUGUUCCACCACAAGGUUAUUUUCCUGUGUGUUGGCAGGGUGCAUACAAAAGAAUAAUAAUUCGCUCCUAUUUUUCUGUUGCACAGACUACAGGAGUAGUAUUUACCGUUCCCUUUGAUGUGCAAUGUUUGUAUAUCAUAACAAAAAUGUCUUUGCCUCCAGGAUAAGAGAAGGAGAAGCUCAGAAGGCCAGGGGACAACCCCGCUCCCUGCCUUACCCUGUGUAAACUGUCAUCAGCUCCCCUGGCAUUGUUGGUAUCUGUGAGCAUUUCCUCCAGCUGAGGGUCUGCCCACCGCUGUACUCACUCCGUACAGGGAGUACAAGGGAGCUGCCGUAUUCCUGCGCUGCACAAGUACCCCAGUCCGUUUCUAUUGGUAACAGUUCAUGCUACUGAUUAUCACAAUGCUUCAGAAGUGCUAAUUAUCUUUUCUUGGUAAUGACUAAUAAAUCCAAAUGGAGAACAGUCCUGGAGGGUGUUUACUUUAAAAUUCACAGGCUGGGAACAAAAGUAGGCACAGCACUGACUGCUGCAGUUUGAAUUACAGUUAUUUCAUCAAAAAAAACAUUCCAUUUUUGGAGAGUUUUGGUGAAGACAGAGUUUGGCUAGUUUGUAUUUCAUUUUAAUGACAGCAGAGUGGGAAACUCCUUUUUAGUGAAAAGACAUCACUGCCAUGAUCUUUCUUCAGCCAAACCAACAGAGGUUUGGUAGUUGCAAUUCAGCCUAGCAGAGAAAGGCUUCCCAGAGCAACCGUGCUGCACCAAUAAUUGCCUCUGACGGAAUUGUAUUACAGGGAUAUUUGACAAUUAUGCCACAAGCGUGUGUAGCUGAGACGUCUCUCCCGCCCCCCAGCAUGUCCCAUAUUUGCCUAAGGAAAGCUGCUUUAUGCCCAAAGGGACAACUGCAGCACCCCUCUGGGUGCCCAUCAACACUGCCCUGGCGCCUGCUCCCACCUGCGAGGUGGCGGCUGCCACCAGCUGAACGGUCCUGCUCGCCAGCACCCCUCGCUCGUGCAGGUUUAACCAGCCCUCUGACUGUUCCCUAAGCCUGGCUCCCGGGGAUGGGUCUCCCUACUGUUACGUUGUUGUUGUUCAAUGCUGCAGGAUAUCAGUGCGUGGUCAGAUGAAGAGUUGUUUUCUUAGAAAUCAGAAACUGAAACCUCCAUCAGCUCACUGAUAUUGGCAGGAGGGGAGGUAACCCCUGAUCCAGCAGCUGCCGAGGUGGUUCCUCUGACUUUGCCUGUGAUAAACUGGCUCGUGCCUUCAGCUCCAACAAACCAAGGCAGGUUUCCAGGUAACUGGAUGCUGAAGGCUCCAGCUCGUUUCCCCACAGAAAGGCAAGCUGGUCUGUAGCUGAAACCACCGUUAGGGAUGUGAGACCACACCACUGCAGAGCAGCCCAUGACGGUACAAGUAAGAACCUCCCUGAGCCAGUGCAGAGAGAGGUGCCCAGCUUUCGCACAUACGAGCGUUUCCUACCUGCCACUCGGAUACUGGUAACGCGGUUGUCGGAAUCAAUCUUCCUUGUAGUUUAACCUUUUUGUCAUUGUAAGGUGUUUGCACCAGCUGAAUAAAAUUGACCCUGUGGAAAAC